ACGUCACUGCCCAUAUCAAAGAUGGCCGCAGCUUCUAAAUCGGAAGUGACCGAAAGUUUUUACUGGUUGCCAUGGAUACCGACGCUAGUCACCCUGCCUGGAUGGUACAGGUUAAUAUGGAGAACUGGGGAAGCUCGGACACAGCGGCUCUGCCUGACUCAGAGGAUGAAGAUCUGGCCGUGCAGGAUUAUGUCCGUGAGAUCGAGUAUAGGCAGUCAAUCUCCAAUCAACUUAGAGUCGGCCUCUAUGAAUCGGAUCAUUCGACACAGACUGACGUCAGCGAAGUGGUGGCGAUAAAGGAGCUGACAAUCGUCAUCCAGUCCUUAACACAGUCUUUCAACACCUUGAAAAAAGAAGUUAUUUUGCAAAAACAAUUUCUAAAAGCAGAAUAUGAUCAGAAAAUUGAGACUCGAGCAUUGGAAAUUUACACUCGUAUGAAUGAGACUGUGCGGGAUCUGGAAAUGGUUCACAAAAAGAAAGUCUCGACGCUCAGGAGAAGCUUUCAGCAGCAGCUGAUUGAUGCUCUCGCUGUAAUAAGGUCUAAGUAUGAGAAUCACUAUUUCGGAAACUCUGAGUUAUCAAAAAGCAAUGACGCUCAGGCAGAUUCUGCAAAAAUCCAGGAGUUACGGAGAAAGAUCAUUGAGAAAGACCUGGUAAUCCAGUCAAUGGAAGCCCAGAUAGCAGAACUGGUAGACAAUGAGCCACCUAAACAGAUCAUUUACCAAUCAGAAGAUGACCCGGAGAAAGAGAAGCUUCUGGAAGAAAACAAGGAGCUACAUGAGAAAGCCGACUCGCUGCAGGACAGGGUCCACCAGCUGGAAAUUGUUCUAAAGGAGAAAGACAGACACAUCCAGUCGUUGGAUCUGGAUGUGGGCGCCAUGAGAGUCAGAAUGGAAGAAGACCAAAGGACCAUUGAGAAGUUAUCGUCAGCGCAAGAACAACUGAAAGCUGAGCUUAAAAAUGAAAAAUCAGCUGGAGCCACCCUGCUCCAGCAACAAAAGGAAGAUAUGGAAAAUAUUCUGAAAAAAAAGCUAGCCGAAAAAGAUAAAGAGCAAUUACAAUUACAGAAAGAAAAUGAAGAAAAAGCGCUACAUGAGAUCGAGAGACAAAAGCAGGAAUUAAUGCAUGAAGAAGAACGGCUAAGGAAAAUGAGGGAGAAAAUUAAGACGCCCAAGGUUGAUGGAAAUAUUAUGAAUGCAGACAAAGAGCGUCUAGAAGCACAGAUUAGAAGACUUCUAAGUGGGAAAGAAGAUGAUGCAAAGACCAUAGAAAGGCUGCAAAGGGAACUUGAGAGACUGAAUAAGACUUGGGAAAAGAAGUUUGACAUUCUGAAACAAAGUUUCCACGCCAUUAAAGAUGAGAUGUUCCUAAGGCAGUCUCUCCAUCGCCAGGCUAUGAACCUGCACAGAGUAUCCGUCAGCUACAUGACAGAUGGGUCAUUGGGAGCUGCCCCUACUGAUCUACCUGGACGCAGUCAUUUCUAUCUCCCUAGCAUGCCUCUGCCUCAGAUCGGAGCGAAGCCGCCUGCCGUGAUGACCAGGACUGGGUUCCCUUCUAAUUUAAUGGAUUCCUCUGAACAGGCUCUUUUUCCCGAGGACGAAUUGCAGGUGGUGUCGGACACUGAAGAAGAUUUCGGGGGAGUCCCUCCUCUGCCGCCUCCGCCUCCCGACAGGAUGAAGGAAAAUCAAGUCAAGCAAUUGUAACAAAUCCACUGCAGAAUGCCCCGGUUUGGGUAAAUGGGUGGACCACGUGUGACUUGUUUUUGGAACUUUUGAUAAAAACUGUUUGCUGAAAAAUAAUAAUGACGAUUAAACGGAUUAAAGGGGAUAAAAACGUAAACUCUGUAUAAUAUCUGUAUCGCUUUAAUGU